UGAUGCAACACUAAGCAGAGCCUCAAAUAGUACCCCCCCGAUCCAGCACCAAGUUUACAGUCCUUCCGAAUCGAGAUUUAGGCUGUUCUUUCCUCAAGGUUGUUCACCAUAUGGCGUCAACAAAACUCCUAGACACACACAUCCACCUCUGGCCUAGCACCUCUACGUCUCCGAUACAUCACGGAUGGAUGACUGUAGGCCACCCUCUGGCAAAACGUCACGGCAUAUCCGACUACAACACCGUCACGCACUCUACCUCGCUAAUCCAUCCCUCUGGCUUCAUAUAUGUGGAAACAGACCGAUACCUCCCCUCACCAACACCAGGAAUUAUUAGUGAUGUAUCGGGGACUGCAAACUCAGAGCAGAAGGUUCGGCAAUGGGCGCACGAACCACUCCAAGAACUCAAAUUCUUACGGCGAAUGGUUGAAGGCAACCCGGAAGAGGGUGAUGGCUUUGAUUCUGGAGAUGGAGAGAAGAUGGUUGGCUGCGUAAUCUGGGCGCCUUUUCACCUCCCUGUGCCACUCUUUGACCUUUACCUUCAGAUUGCUGAGGACAUUUCUGGACCGCAGUUGUGGAAAAGAGUGGUUGGCUUUCGCUAUCUGCUGCAAGGUAUCGAGCUCGAAGGUGAGAUGAGGAAACUUGUGGAGAGCCGGGAUUGGUUGAGAAAUGUUUUGCGGUUAAGAAGUGGGAGAGAAGGCAAGGGCUGGGCUUUUGACAUUGGGGUCGAUUCACAUCAUAGAGGUAUCUGGCAAAUGGAGGUGGCUGCUGAUAUGGUGGAGAGAGUGAGAGAGAUGGAAGGGGAUGGAAAAGAUGGCAGGGUUAGAUUUGUGUUGAACCACCUCUGCAAACCCGAUCUCUCCGCCAGCCCUUGUCACUCCCGUACCAACUGGCUCGCAAACAUUACACGCUUUGCGUCCCAGCCACUUGUCUACAUGAAACUCUCCGGUGUCUUCAAUGAAUUUGCUCCAGAUCCGACCCCCGCUGAUGUCUCCUCUCUCCUCAAGCACCUAGAACCUGAAAUAAGUGCGACUCUGACACAAUUCGGCCCUGGCCGAACAAUGUUUGGAUCUGACUGGCCGGUAUGCAACAUUGGAGGGCCGAGAGGAGAGCAGAGCUGGGGAAUGUGGAGCGAUGUUGUCGAGAAAGUAUUAGAGCGAGAGAGAAUGAACAUGUGGAUUAACACAGAGGGAAAAGAAAGUGUUUGGUGGAGGUCGGGGUGUGAGGCAUACGGAGUGGAGAUAUGAAGGUAAACAUCGAUAUGCUUUGAGGGAGCCUGGUUUACCUCAUACCUUGCCCAUCACAUACUUACGGCGGGGAUAGCUCUCACCCUAGUUCCCAAGAAGAGAAGGAAAUAUCCAACGACAGCCCCUAUUCCUAUCGAUACGAAACAACACAAAAACCUCUUCCAACAAUAU